UUGCUUUAUUGGAAAAGCACAUAAUUCUUCACAUUUACUUAAAAUUAAGCAAAGUGAAAAUAGUACGGCCUGAUGUGCGCUUGUAUUUGUGUGUUUUUCUUUGUAUAUAGAUAUGUAAAGCGAGAUAGCUAUACAAUUGCGCUACUAACACAACGUGUAUGAGUGAGCUAAGUAUAUGCAUGCGAGCAGCAGCAACUCUGAUGUUUCAGAGUUCCAGGCCAAACAUUCUGUGCGACGAACGGCUGAAUCGACUUUUUGUGUGCAAUGCACGACGUUUGCAUUAAUUAUAUUAGUAACAAAUCGUAAAUAACGCAGUCAUAAAUAGAAAAACGUAUUUAUUUUCAGAUUUGUGAUUCGUAUUCAAAAUAAAGUCUUUAUUUGUCUGCAUUUACACUGUAAUGCCUUUUCGCGUCGCAGAAAAAUUUAAUGUGUGUGUGUGUGUUUUUUUUGCGUAAACGUCUCUAACCAAAAUCGUAGUCGAAAAAAAACGGUAGCAACAACGUUUCCUUGGAAAAAUUUGUAAAUAGUCAACAAAAUUGUCAAGUAAAUGUGCGUAAGAAUCAUAGAUUUAUAAAAAAGUCGUAUGUGCUGUAUACAUUGCUUCAGUAUGUGUGCCUAAAUAGUAGUAAACGUCGUUGUCGUUGUCAUUCAAAUCAGUGCGAUUGGGACCAAUAGAAACAGCCAUUUAAAAAAUAACACUCGAGGGCAAGCUUUAAGAACCAGACCAAUCAACGUGUCCAGCGCCAUCGAGUGAAUUAUUUUGCAAUACAAAAACAAGGAAUAGAAGAAAACAUAUUCGGAAACAAAAUACAACAAAAAAAAAACACAAUAACGGAUCGCUGUAACUGUCAUAAGGAAGCCAGAGUUCGAGCAUCUGGCUACGCAAAGCAAAACAAUCUGCGAGCAGAAGUAGGAGGAGGAGCAGCGGAUCCAACGUCAAGCCACAACACCAGCAACAAAAACAACACCAACAACAAAUGGGAACCAAUUCAGGGGCCACUGCUGGCAUCAAUAACAAGCCGGUCGGUGGCGCGGCAGUCCUGGGAGUUGGUGUUGCCAAUUCCGCCAUUCUUACCAACAGUUUAGGCAGCGGUGGAGGCGGUGGCCUCAGUAUCAGCGGCCUGGGUGGACAGAACGCAAAUGUGGGUGGCUUAGUCGGCGGCAUGGGCGGUGCUGGCGGUGGCACUGGCAACAAUGGCAGUGACGAUAGUAUGGGCGGACCCGGCGGUGGACCCAAUAAUCAGCAAGCAACAACGCCGCAAUACACGAUUCCGGGCAUAUUGCAUUUCAUACAGCAUGAAUGGUCGCGGUUCGAAUUGGAGCGCUCACAGUGGGACGUCGACAGGGCCGAGCUGCAGGCGCGCAUCGCUAUGCUGCUGGGCGAGCGUAAAUGUUUAGAGAGCCUCAAAUCUGAUCUGACGCGACGCAUCAAAAUGCUGGAGUAUGCGCUGCGUCAGGAGCGAGCGAAAUUCUAUCGAUUAAAAUACGGCACCGAUCCGCCGCAAUUGAACGAGUUUAAGCCAUCAUCGAAUGAUGAUGGUGGCAUCGGUACCGAUGUGGCCACCGAUUCGGAAGUGCCCUACAGCUCUGUGUCGAACACCACGUGGCGGCAAGGCAGACAAAUGUUGCGCCAGUAUCUGGCAGAAAUCGGUUAUACAGACAACAUAAUCGAUGUGCGUUCGAAUCGUGUUCGCUCCAUUCUUGGACUCAAUAAUAAUGCGGAUCAUGAUGGUGUCGGUGGUGGCGGCGGUGGCGGUGGUAACGCUGGCGGCAUUGGCAGCGGUGGCGAGAAUCUCAGUCCCAAUAUAAAUGGCAAUGAGAGCAAUAAACGUGCCUCAGAAUCGGAAGGCCGUCAUACUCCCGCUAAAAAAGUGCAACAAUCGAAUGAUGCCAUCAUACUGGACACCGAGGCGGCAGUCAUGGCCAAUUUUGAGUUCCUUGGACCCACAGAGAUGUCCGACGAUGAUGAAAUCUCCGAUGAUCUGGAAAUGGUGGCGACCGACAAUGAGGAUACUGAUGUCAAAAUGGCCAAACGGCCCAAGUCAGGAAAGGACAUGCUUACCGAAGAUCUUGAGGCGGAGGUGGGAGAGCAGCUCUUAAACGAUAUGAAUCUAAUAACCGAAGAGGUGGACGGUUCCUUGGGAUUGGGUGAGCUAGCGCAGCUGACGGUGAACAAUGAGUCGGACGGAGCGUACGAUGCGAAUGCCAAGGACGGCACUGGCGGCAGUGCCGGUGGCGCUGGCUAUCGCAAAACCUGGAAUGCCAAGUAUACGCUGCGCUCGCAUUUUGACGGAGUGCGCUCACUGAUUUUCCAUCCGGAGGAGCCCGUGCUAAUCACUGCCUCCGAGGAUAAUACGCUCAAGCUGUGGAAUCUACAGAAGACGGUGCAAGCCAAAAAAUCCGCUAGUCUUGAUGUUGAGCCGCUCUAUACGUUCCGUGCCCACACCGGACCCGUCCUCUGCCUGGGCAUGUCGUCUAGCGGCGAGACAUGCUAUUCGGGUGGCCUCGAUGGCAACAUCGAAUGCUGGCAACUGCCAUCGCCCAAUAUUGAUCCAUAUGAUUGCUACGAUCCGAACGUGCAUUCCGGCACAUUGGAGGGUCAUACGGACGCCGUUUGGGGUCUGACCACCAUGCAGAAUAAUAUUGUGUCAUGUUCGGCAGAUGGUACGGUUAAGCUGUGGUCACCAUAUACCAAGGAGCCGCUGCUGCGCACCUAUACGGCCGCGGAGGCCGAGGGCGGGCCCUCAUCCGUGGACUUUGUGCGCAACGAGGUGGAUCACAUUGUGGUGGCCUACAACAGUGCACACUGCAUCAUCUAUGACACGGAAACGGGCAAACAGGUGAUCAAGCUGGAGGCCUCACAAGAGAUGUCCGGAAAUACGGGGAAGUUCAUUAAUAAAGUCGUCUCCCAUCCGACACUGCCCAUCACAAUAACCGCACACGAGGAUCGCCAUAUACGCUUCUGGGAUAAUACAUCGGGAACAUUGGUGCAUUCAAUGGUGGCGCAUUUGGAGCCGGUUACAUCGUUAGCCGUUGAUGCCCAUGGACUGUAUUUGCUGUCCGGUUCACAUGACUGCUCCAUACGCCUCUGGAAUCUGGACAAUAAGACGUGCGUGCAGGAGAUAACCGCACAUCGUAAAAAGUUCGAUGAGAGCAUAUUUGACGUGGCGUUCCAUGCAACCAAGCCCUAUAUAGCGAGUGCCGGUGCUGAUGGACUCGCCAAGGUCUUUGUUUAACUUACAUCGGACAAACCUCACCCCCAAUUCCCAAUCCCUAAUCUCCACCUUCAUACACACAGCCAAUGCUGCAGCAGCUCUCAGCUAAGCGAUUACGAGUUCGAGUUAAAUAAUUAUACAUAUAAAAAAAAUACACUUAUAUAUAUACAUUAUACUACUAUACAUUUAAUUCUAAUUAUACAAUUAUAUACAUGAGAUGAACA